GGAGCUGAGACGCCAUUUCAGGGUGGAUGUUAUUAACUAAAAACCUGGAAUAAAAGGACUGAGAUCUGUGAUUCAAAGGGACAUUUAACUGGUGAGUCUACCGAUUGAAGGAUAUUUCAAAGAUUUGAAAAAAUGGAUGAAAAAACUCUUAAAAAUUACCUGAGCUGCAACGUUUGUUUAGAGAUUUUCAAAGAUCCGGUGUCUCUGAGCUGCAGCCACAACUUCUGUUCUAGCUGCCUGAAAGAGUUCUGGGAAGAAGCUAAAAACAGAAACUGUCCCAUCUGUAAAAGAAAAUCUUCUAAAGACCUUGUUGUGAGCUUUUCACUGAAGGAACUUGCCGACUCUUUUGCUGGAAAACAGACAGGUGGAUCGCAUGAGACUGAAAAAGAAGAAAAGAGGGAGGAGGAGGUUUGUAAGAAACACCCAGGAACAACUCCACUGUUCUGUUUAGACGAACAGAGAGCUGUGUGUCCUGUCUGUGAGUUUUCUCUGCACCAGAACCACAAAGUGGUUCCUGUAGAAGAAGCAGUCGGUGAGCUGAAGGAGCAGCUGAAAUCUGACUUAAAGUCUCUGCAGGACAAGAGGGACAAAUACAAACAAGUGGAGGAAACAUAUAAAGAUGUGGUUCAACACUCCGAGAAGCAGCUGCUGUCCACAGAGAAGCAGAUCAGAGCAGAGUUCAACAAACUCCAGCAGUUCCUGAAGGAGGAAGAGGAGUCCAGACUGGCAGCUCUGAGGGAGGAAGAGGAGCAUAAGGGGAGGAGAAUCAGCGGGGAGAGGAAGAGGAUCCAGGAGCAGAUCUCCUCUCUGUCAGACAGCAUCUCUGCUGUUGAAGAAGAGCUGCAGAAAGACAACAUGACGUUCCUCAGCAGGUACAAACCCACUCAGGACAGAGCCAGAGAGCAGAGCUCAGUGUCAGAUCCACGGCUGCUCUCAGGAGCUCUGGUAGACGAGGCCAAACACCUGGGAAACCUGGCCUUCAGAGUCUGGGAGAAGAUGGGGGACCAGGUCCACUUCAGCCCGGUGGUUCUGGACCCAAACACUGCAAGCCCUGGUCUCUAUCUGUCUGCUGAUCUGACCAGUGUGAGGAAGGGAGAUACAGAACAGCAGCUUCCUGAUAAUCCAGAGAGAAACGUCAAAUACGCCGAUGUUUUUGGUUCUGAGGGUUUGACCUCAGGGAAACUCAGCUGGGAGGUGGAGGUGGGAGAUCAUCCUGACUGGCUGGUGGGUUUGGUUAAAGACUCAGUUGACAGGAAGGGAGAGAGAUUUGCUUCACCUGAAGAUGGAAUCUGGUGUUUAUGGCAUGAUGAUGGAGAAUGCACCAAUGGUGCUGGUAAGAUCUUCACGUUGAAGACUAGUCUCCGGAGGAUCAGAGUCCAGCUGGACUAUGACGGGGGGAAGGUUUCCUUCUACAACGCUGAAGACAAGAAACACAUCUACACUGUCAGAGACACCUUCACUGAGAAACUCUUCCCUUUUUUUGGGAUUGGAAAGUCUGGUGAUGCAAAAACUUCUGAGAUCAGAAUCUGUCAGACAAAGAAUAGAUUAACCUGAGUUUUGAUGGAAUAACUUUUCCAAGAUCAGGAUUAUUUUAAGUAAAAAGUUCACAUGUACAAACAAAUGAAUCUCAAAACUUUGAAAAUACGACACAUUUAAAUAUUAUUGUAAAACAUUCAGCGUAUUUGUUCAGCGAUGAAUAAGAUACCAAAAUAUAAAGGUUUGUAAAAUUGUGAUUCAUUUUAUCCAAGUUUGUAUUCAUGUUAUAAAUGUGCUGGAAUCACUGGGAUUAGAUUUUAUGUUUUACUUUCAAACUUUACUGUUUAAAUAAAUGUAGUAAACAGUUAAAAAUAUGACUUAAAAAUCCACCAUGUUCCUAAAUCUGAGAGCUAUUUUUAAUCAACCUGCUGAUUUUAUAACAUUUGAAGAGUAAAAGUCAAAUAAAAUCGUUCUGUGUAAAUAUUUUAAGUGUUCAAAUGUCAGAGUUUAUAAGUUGCUCCUCAAGUUUCAGUCCAAAGAUCAGAAUUUUUAAACAAACUGCAACUAAAAGAUACUAAAACAUUAAAAACUGUUUAAAUGUCUAAAAACACAGCUGGUUCUCAUGUGAGCAAAUGUUUUAUAAUUGUUGCUUCAUAUCUUUUUAAACCUUUUUUAAAUGUAUCAUGUAUGUUAAAGGAGCUGUAUGUAAGAGCAAUAAUAAAACGAAUCAUAAAAUGACCCCGAUAUGUCAACAGACAUUUAAAAAUCAUGUUCAUUUCAAAUACUUGUCACUGACAACAGCACUCAAGCCAGGAUAUUCCAGUUUAAAAAGAGGAGUUGCAGCCCUCAACUGAUGUUUAUGUUGAAGCUCCACCCUCCACCUAUCUCCCAAUCACCAAGUCAGUAUUGUUUCUGAAGCUCCACCCUCCACCUAUCUCCCAAUCACCAAGUCAGUAUUGUUUCUGAAGCUCCACCCUCCACCUAUCUCCCAAUCACCAAGUCAGUAUUGUUUCAGCAUCCGGGUUGCCAGCUCGGCUCUAAUUAUGGCAGCCAUGGCAGCCUACGUUCCUGCUGCAUUCUGCAACCUACCUGGCAACCUCUGGUCGGGGGGAGGAGGGGGAGGGGACACGCCGCUCAACAAUAUUUUGAAAGUGACUGCAGUACCAGUUUUGGCCAUUUCUUACAGACGGCUCCUUUAAUUUCAUAAUUUUUGACUGUGGUUCAUAAAACCUUCAUAUGUGAAACAUUGAUUUUGUUUAAGUUUCCUUCAAUCAAACAUCUGUAUUAACCUGGUAAACAAACAUGAUCAUGAUUUAUUUUAAUCAUUUGAUAUCGUGAUAUAAUAAACUGCAUGUAAUUUCUU